AUGCCUUCCGCAAGGACAUCAAGUUACCGCGUGAUCGAACCGCACCCCUCGGUGCCUCACACCACUCGCCCUGCUGUUUACACUGGCCGUGGAGGCAGUGGCAAUGUCAUCAGCCUCAAGAAUACCAAGACCACCGACUCUCGAACUGCCACCGGCCCAGCCUCGUUGACUCGCCUCGACUCGCGCGCGCCUACUACUUUCACCUCCGGCCGUGGCGGUGCCGGCAACGUCCACAGCAGCAGCGAGCGUGCCAUCUUCAGCUUCGAUGAGGAACUCGAGCGUGACCUCCGCCGUGCAGCUCCCGUCUACCACGUUGGUCGUGGCGGUGCUGGCAACAUGAUCUACCGUGACGACGCCUCAAAUUGCAGCCUGAGCCGCAAGUACUCUUCCACCAGCACCAACACCGCCAGCAGCACUGGCUCCGUGGCUGAUCGUGCCCGCGACAUGGCUCGCCGUGGCCUCGAGAAGGGCUGGGGCAAGCUCAAGGGUACCGCUUAG